CGCACCACGCCCAGGAGACUUCGUCAUCGGGCGGGAGGUUCACGAAAAAGACGGCCCACCAGGUCCCGCGCCGGCUUCGUCCGGCUCAUCGGAAGUCCAAUCGCGUGCUUGCCUACCCGCCGAGGCUCUAGCCGUGUACAUGUUUUCGACCUCGCAGGGCGUGAAUGCUAAUCCAGAGAAGUGAAUACGAAGACGAAGAAGGGUAUAAUGCCAACGCCAAUGGACUAAAGAUUUUUGACAGCUCCUCUUAUAACAGUCUUUUUCUUCUCCUUCUUCGUCUUCUUCUUCCCACCCACCCUCUGCAGGUUCAGAUCAGAGGGAAGGACCGUCACCUACACAGAAAUUCGUCACCUCACGCUUCAAAUAUCAUUUAGAAAAGAGAAGCAUCGCAAUGUCUCCUCCUACCCUCUCACCGGCCACUGCCGCCAUCCACGCCGACGACCGCAUCAACCUUCUGACCGACGUCGCUCCAGCCAUCCAUGUCUCGACCACCUUCCGCUACCCGCGCGAAGCCAGCGCUCUGCAACCCGUCGACCCCUCUGGCGAAUUCCUCGACCUCUCCUCCCCACUCGUCUACUCGCGCCUGACCAACGCAAACAUCAAUCGCCUCGAGACUAUCCUCACCCCUCUGCUCUACCCCGGCACACCCGAACAGGAGCUUCCCCAACUGAGCAAUCACGUCGUGAGCUACAGCUCCGGCCUGACCGCUUUCCACGCCCUACUCGUCAACCUGGUUCCCAAAGUCAUCGCCAUCUCUGCGGGCUACCAUGGCUGCCACGGCGUCAUCUCCCUCCACAAGAAGAUGCACAACGUCCGCACCGUCGAUCUGCAUGCUUCGGACGAAGAAUGGGAUGCCGCGGGCCUGGGGAAGGGCGAUCUCGUGCACCUCGAGACUCCCCUGAAUCCGACCGGCGAGGCCUUCUCCAUCGCCCACUUCGCCGAACGCGCACAUAGGAGGGGUGCGUUUCUAAGCGUGGAUGCGACGUUCGGCCCGCCUGGGUUACAAGAUCCGUUUGCCUGGGGCGCGGAUGUGGUCAUGCAUAGCGCGACCAAGUAUAUCGGUGGCCACAGCGAUAUGCUCGCGGGGAUCCUGGCAGUGAAGAAGGGCGAGGAAGGGAAGGAGUGGGCUAAUAGCCUGAGGCUGGAGCGCGUGUUCCUGGGCGGCGUGUUGGGCAGUCUCGAAGGCUGGCUGGGUGUCCGCAGCCUGCGGACAUUGGAGCUCCGGGUGCAGAGACAGAGCCAGAGCGCGGCGAAAUUGGUGCAGUGGCUAGAUGCUGCGGUCACGGGCAAAGCGGCGGCUGGCGAAGAGGCAGAUACGAUUCGCAAAGUGGUUUCCCGAAUCACGCACGCGAGUCUGCAGACGGCGGAUUUUGCGUGGUUGAAGAAACAGAUGCCGAAUGGGUUCGGUCCUGUCUUUUCCAUCUACACGCAUGAUGCCGAGCAGGCGAAGCUGCUUCCGGGGCUGCUGCGGUUGUUCCACCAUGCGACGUCCCUGGGCGGAGUGGAGAGUUUGAUUGAGUGGAGGCGGAUGAGCGAUUCGGAUGUUGAUGAGCGGUUGUUGAGGGUCAGUGUUGGGGUCGAGGCGUGGGAGGAUUUGAAGGAGGAUUUCUUGCAGGCUUUUAGGGUGUUGGGAGGUGGGAAGAGAGAGGUGGUGCAGCAGGGUCGGGAGAGGGGAGACGUGGAUGAGGUGACGGGGGAGAGGGGCGCGAAGGAUACGGUCGAUGGGGCUGUGUGAACGAAGCAUAUUUGGAGUAUAUGGUGUUAAAAGCAAAUCAGAAUGCAGAUUAGGAUCAUAGA